UCCGUUCCCCACUCUCGAAUCUCGAUGGAGCUGAGCGGCGGAGACAGCGAGGGCGCCCCCAAGCGUGCGAAGCUCUCCUCCGGCGAUGCCUGCGGCGGCGAGGACUGCCUCAGCGCGCUCCCCGACGACGUCCUCGUCCUCAUCCUCCUCCGCCUCGACACCACCGUCGCCGCCCGAACCAGCGUCCUCUCCCGCCGCUGGCGCCGCGUCUGGGCUCUCCUCCCGAAGCUCUGCUUCCCCCUCGCCCCCGAGCCCCACCGCUUCCGCGACACCCUCGACACCCACGAGGUACCCCUCCGCGACCUCCUCGUCGGGGCCGGGGGCGCCACCCCCGAAUCCCUGGCGAUCUGGCUACCCGCCGCCGCGCGCCGCGUCUCCGGCGACCUAACCCUUCUCACCUUUGAUCCGGGGAAAGACGCCGGGGAGGAGGAGGGGGAGGCCGCGCAAAGAGGCGCCUUUGAGCUCCCCUGCUUCGAGAAGGCCACCUCGAUCUCCCUCAUCCUGGGGUUCCACGGCCUCGCCAUCGCCAUGCCACCCACCGGCGUCUUCGCCCGGCUCACAGGGAUCUACCUGAGCUGCGUCCGGUUCCACGGCCCGUGCGCGCUCGGCGACGCCAUGUCCUCGCCACGGUGCCCGUGCCUGCAGAGGCUCACCGUCGACGACUCCCGUGGACUGGGCGAUCUCACCAUCAACUCGGUGUCGCUGCUGCAAAUGGAGCUCAGGAACCUGCGCGGGUUGUGGCAGGUCACUGUUGUGGCGCCGGCGCUCACGGAGCUAACUGUGAUAUACUGCUUUCGCAACGAUGACACUCAACCUGUUGCAAACAUCUCAGCCCCUCAGCUGGAGAUAGAGAACUACCAAUACUUGAUGGAGGACAUGAUGGUGCUCCCUGACAUUACAUUUUUGUGUCUGGAUGUGAUUGCAAAUGGACAUGCCUUUGGGGCCAGCUCAUUCCAUGCUCUCAGACUGUGUACUGGUAUAAGAAGACUGACGCUGCUAUUUGCUGCUCCUACUGGCUUGGAGGCGCAAACUGUAUGCCCAUCAGGUUGUAUCUGUCAUCAGCCAGCAGAGUGGGAAACUGAGGGACUCUCAUUGAAUCAUCUUGAAGAAGUUGAAAUCCGUCACCUGAGAGGAUCUGAACAUGAAGUUGCUUUUGUAAAGCGGUUAUUCAGUUGGGCGACAGUGCUAAAACAGAUUAAAGUAACUUUCUACUAUUCGAUCCCUGAAAUCAAGGCCAAGGAAUUGUAUCAAAUGUUUUGGAGCUUCUCUAGGCCAGGAAUGCGCAUGACAUUUUACAUCUAUCGAAAAUUUAGUAAGGUAGUAUAUGUGCCUGAAGACUAGUGCACCAGGGUUGGUGAACUGCACUGCGUGUGAAAUGCUAGCAGAUCUUUAUUUUGUUAAUAUAUCCAGUGAUUAUGUGCU